AUGAAGAAAGGUACCACCUUUGCCUUCAGAAACUUCACUCAGCUCUUUACUCUUCGGUCUUCCCUCAACGCUCGUAACCUCUCCACAAGACCGUUCCCUGAUUACUCCCCAAAGAGACCUUCAGUGAGAGACACCGAACUCGUCCACCAAAUCGCCAAUGUGAUUAAGCUCCGUCGCGCCGAGCCUCUGAGACGCAGCUUAAAGCCUUACGAAUGCAAGUUCAAAACCGACCAUUUGAUUUGGGUUCUCAUGAAGAUUAGGUCUGAUUACGGUUUGGUUCUCGACUUCUUCGAAUGGGCACGCUCACGCAGAGACUCCACUCUUGAAGCCCUCUGCAUCGUCGCUCACUUAGCUGUGGCGUGUAAGGAUUUAGAAGCGGCUCGUUCGAUGAUCAGAAGCUUCUGGGAGAGACCGAAGCUUAGUGUUGCUGAUUCCUUUGUACAGUUUUUUGAUCUUUUAGUGUAUACUUACAAGGACUGGGGCUCGGAUCCUAAUGUCUUCGAUGUGUUCUUCCAAGUGCUAGUUGAGUUUGGGAUGCUACGUGAAGCGAGGAAAGUAUUUGAGAAGAUGUUGAAUUAUGGAUUGGUUCUCUCUGUUGAUUCAUGUAACUUAUACCUUGACCGUCUCUCGAAAGAGUCUGAUGAAAAAGCUGCAAGGGUUGUUGGUGUGUUCAGGGAGUUUCCUGAGGUGGGUGUCUGUUGGAACGUUGCUUCUUAUAACAUUGUGAUUCAUUGUGUUUGUCGGCUUGGGAGGGUGAGCGAAGCUCACCAUCUACUCGUUCUUAUGGAGUUGAAAGGCUACACCCCUGAUGUUGUGAGUUAUAGUACAGUGAUAAAUGGAUACUGUAGAUUUGGGGAGCUUGAAAAGGUCUGGAAGCUCAUCAAAGUAAUGAGAGAGAAGGGUUUGAAGCCGAAUUCUUAUACUUAUGGUAGCAUUAUUCUUUGGCUCUGCAGAAGUUGUAAGCUAGAUGAAGCAGAGGAGGUUUUUCGAGAGAUGAUAAGGCAAGGCAUAGUUCCUGACACUGUAGUGUACACAACUCUUAUUGAUGGUUUCUGCAAGGGAGGGAAUAUUCGGGCUGCGUCUAAGCUUUUUCAUGAGAUGCUGUCUUUGGAUAUUGCACCAGAUGUUUUGACGUAUACUGCUAUUAUAUCAGGGUUUUGUCGUAUCGGCGACAUGGUGGAGGCUGGUAAAUUAUUCCAUGAGAUGCUUUGCAGGGGUUUGGAACCGGAUACUGUUACUUUCACUGAAGUUAUAAAUGGAUAUUGCAAAGCAGGGCAGAUGAAAGAUGCUUUUAGCGUUCACAAUCACAUGGUUCAGGCUGGGUGUUCUCCUAAUGUUGUCACGUACACUACAUUAAUUGAUGGGCUCUGUAAGGAAGGGGACUUGGACUCAGCAAACGACCUUCUCCAUGAAAUGUGGAAAAUAGGUCUUCAACCAAAUCUUUUUACAUAUAAUUCCAUUGUCAAUGGUCUAUGUAAGGCAGGGAAUAUCGAAGAGGCGAUUAAACUUGUGGGAGAGUUUGAAGCUGCGGGACUUAAACCAGACACUUUCACUUAUACAACCUUGAUGGACGCAUACUGUAAAGCAGGGGAGAUGGCUAAGGCUCAAGAGAUUCUGAAGGAGAUGCUUGGGAGAGGGCUUGAACCGUCUGUUGUCACAUUCAACGUCCUAAUGAACGGGUUUUGUUUGAAUGGGAUGUUGGAAGAUGGUGAGAAGCUUCUGAAUUGGAUGUUGGCGAAAGGUAUAGCACCUAACGCAACCACAUAUAAUUCUCUCGUUAAGCAGUAUUGCAUUAGAGAUAACCUGAAGGCAGCCACUUCUAUUUAUAAAGACAUGUGUUCUCGGGAAGUGGGACCUGAUGGUAAGACGUAUGAGAAUCUAAUUAGAGGCCAUUGCAAGGCUAGGAACAUGAAGGAGGCUUGGUUUUUGUACCGAGGAAUGGUUGAGAAAGGGUUUAGUGUCUCAGCUAGCACGUAUAGUGCUCUCAUUAAGGGGUUCUUCAAGAGGAAGAAAUUUGUGGAGGCGAGAGAAGUAUUCGAGCAAAUGAAAAGAGAAGGUUUAGCUGCGGAUAAAGAAAUUUUAGACUUUUUCAGUGAUAGUAAAUACAAGGGCAGGAGAAAGACAGAUACAGUUGUAGAUCCUGUUGAUGAAAUAAUAGAGAAUUACCUUGUAGAUGAGGAAUUAAAGGAAGCCAAUUAGCUGGUGGUAAGUUACAACUUAUCCUUCUCAAGUGCUCAGUUUGUAUUUUGAUUGGAACAGUUGUUUAAAGCAAGGGGGCAGGAAGGGUAUUAAGUGGAGGUUACAUCAUCUGUUUGGAUGCUUUUCACUCUGCUGUUCAAUGCAAUACCAAAGCAUAAUUUGCCUAGAAAGACAGUGACUUGAUCACUGCUGAUUACCAACAACUUAAGAGUAAUAGAGAAUAUGUCAAGAGUAGAAGUUGAGACUGGUUGUAGGAGAUGAUGUUCUGCUGAGAGAGCCACCGCUCUUUAAAGCUAACUCGGCCAUGGAAAUGGAACUGAUCACAUGUGGCUUGUAAGUUUUUAACGAUGAUGAUGAUGCAUGAUGACGAGGAAAGAGCUUUUUCUCUUUUUCUUUUUAUGGUUGGGGUAGAAAAACAUGUGUUGACCACAACUUUAUGUUGUCGUGAAACUUUAUGCUGACCACAACUCGGCCACACACUUUGAAUGUGCUAACGUACGUUACAUUGUACUCUCUGAAAACUAAUUGACAUUGUCCUUUGUGUAUCUUCAAUUGGAAUCAAAUAUAGUCUUUUAUCG